UACAACACUUCCGUGGAUCGGUGGAGGGGGUACUUCUACCAACAAUGUCUGCGUCUUUACCCCAAGAAACGGAAUUAAUUGAGAAACACGAGGAAAUUUUAGUCCGUAGAGACGAGCUGCUGGAGCAGAUGGAGACACUCAGAGAGCAGCUGAAGAUCCAGAAGAUCCAGAAGAGGCAGGAGGUGAAGCAGUCUGAGGCGGCUCGCCACAGGAACAGCACACUGCUGCAGGAUGUACAGAAGAUAGAAGACCGUCUCAGAGGAAGACAGCUGCCACGCCCGGACCUCCUGGCUCUGGAGACAAGAUACUGGGCGUCUGUGGAAGAGUCUAUCCCAGCUUGGGAGCACUUCCUCCUGGGUAAAGGCCCACACCCUGCUCAUGUACCAGGGCAGUCACCUAGGAGAGCCAAACAGAAACCCAGCACAGCUAAAGGCAAGGGCCUGCCUCCUCUCCCAAAACCAAGGACUGCUCGACCAGACCAGUGAUGCUGAACGAGCCACUGUAGCCCGAAAGAUAGAGAGAUGAGCAGAGGCAUGUGGAUUCUCAUACCCCAUUCAGACCCUCCUUCAUCGGCAUCAUACGACCAGGGUUGGAAGCUUUGGUGAACAAGCGUUCCUCUAUGGAAUGGAUAUUGAUUCAGUGAUAUAAACAAACUUUCUCUAUAGAAAGAGAGGGAGAAAGAUGAGGACAGAAGGGAAAAAGAGAUAAAGUGUAUGAACUAUGCUGCAACCCGAGGUCUCUGCCAACUCCAGUUUGUCCCCUGUAUGAAACGGGUAUCAGAAGGACAUGCACCUUCUGAUUAAAGGCAUCAGUCCACUACAGCUACUAAUAUCUAAUAUUGAUAGUUGAUAGCCAAUCUACAAAUCAAUGCAUAAAGCCUGCACUUUAGAUCACUAUUACAGUCUUAAAAGAGAACAUGCUGUUUUUGCUUCUAAUGAUCACAACAUGCAACUGUUUUCAUUUCAUGUUCUUUAUUCUAGAAUGAUCAUCAAAGCCAGUUCUUGUUGUUCAUUUAUUUGAUUUAUUUUAUCUUUGGUCUUGUUUUUCUUAACCGUUUUUUAACUGAAUAUGCUUUAAAAUGAAGUUCAUGACUUUAUAUAUAUAUAUAUAAUGUUGACAAAAUGACAUGGUAUUUGUAUUGAAACCAAAAUGUUGACUUCGUGACACUAACGUGUUGUGGGAGCAGUAACACCAUGCAGAAUAAACUCCUGCUGUGUCCAUCCUGACAGUAAGUGAGCCCACUGAGAAGCUUCUUUUACUUUCUUCUUUUACUUGUUUUUUUGUUGCAGUGUUGUUUCAUGGCCACUAGAGAGAGCCAGUGUCAUACAUAUGAAAAGAAAAGGAAACGCUUAAGGUUUGGACACAGUCUGUUUGCGUUUGCAAGAUGAUGAACAUGUUAGGGUAUUGUUAUACACCACGAUAUGGCAAAAUAUCAGCAAUAAUGACACACUAAAUAAUCAAACUGAUGUUUUAAGCAGUGGUAUCUGUUUUUGCUCUGAAUCAGAAA